AUGGGUGAAUUUCUGGAACUCCCACCAGAGCUCCUGAUCAUGGUGGUACAUCAUUUGGAAUACGCCUCAGAUCUGAACAACCUCGCCCGAGUCUGUUGCCGACUUUACGCCAUUCCGAACUCGAAGCUCUAUCACUAUUUUGCUCAUACUGUCUCCCCAAAGGGCCUAGAGACUCUUAUAAAACGAGGCAACACACCUGCACUAUAUAAGCUUCUGUCGACUGGCAUUAAUUUGGAUCAACAUGUGUUUAAUGCUACACCUUCCCUUCUAUCACUGGCUGUCUCUCACGGACAGCUCGGGUUUCUGGAACUCCUUUUUGAUCAUUACAAUAUCUCGUUGCUUAUUGGAGAGUUUAUAAAAGAGCCUGGAAAUGGGGGCCCAAUCUUGGAGACGGCAGUGAAGCAUGGCUCUACUGACAUCGUGCGAUUUCUCGUCGAGCACGGCGUGCCAGCCGAGAUUACGCUGACUCCCUCGGCACGGUCGCUUUUAAGCCUCGCAGCUGGCUGGGGUCACUUAGACCUGGUCUCAUAUCUCAUAACAGAUAGCCGAUGUGAUUUGAACUGGCUGGACGAGGCGAACCGCCAUCCUCUCUGGUGGGCUGCACACCAAGGCCACUUGGAGGUGGUUAAAUUGCUCGUUGAAGCCGGAUCUGACUUUAAACUCGCAACUAGCGAGGACAACGGGUGGACUCCCCUUUACGCAGCAGCGUCAAAGAACCAUGAAGAUGUGGUUAAAUACCUGCUUGGACUGGGAGCUUGGGAAACUGCAAAUCUCCGUGGUCUCGCAGACGUUGCAGCAAAUGGAGGGGGCUCGAUGAUUUCCCUGAUACUUGGAGACGUCAAUACGGACGUCUUAUUCGAGGCUUGCAACAGUCAAGAACGCACUUACCUACUAUUCUGCGCUAUUGUCUCAAACAACUAUCGUCUCGUUCAGACUAUUCUGGCACGGGGGUGCUCAGUCAUGUUGGAAGUUGGGGGAAUCUCAGCCCUGACUCUUGCCAUUAGGUGUGGUCACCAGGAGGUCCUGAGAAUGAUGCUUAACCAAGCUACCGAGGCUACAGCCCAAUUUAGCCUCUCAAGAAACGUCCUCAAGACUAUCAUGUUGGAUGCCUUGCAGACCAAAAAUAAAGCAAUUAUUGAGAUGGUCGUUGCCUGCCUCGAUGCCAUCACCAUCAGACUCUGCGAUCUCGAAUGGCUUUGCGGACGACCCGAAGCCUCUGAACUUGGCCCAAUAAUUCUUCGACGCAUUUGGGACCUUUCAAGGGGGGAGAAGCAUGUUUCUGAUGAGAUGAUAUUCUGGGGCCUGCAAUACGAUGCCCUUCCAAUGGUUCACAAGAUGAUUCAAGGUCGAGGACUUGGGCCAUUCGAUAUCAUCAGACACGCCAAAAGUAAUGUCAAUGAUCAAUUAUUCCCGCUUAGCUUUACCUUGCUGGAAAGCGCGGCCAUACUGGGAAGUCUGGACUCAUUCAAAAUGAUUCUCGCCAGGGGUGCUUUCCUAACCCCGGAAGUCGCUGCCUAUGGGCGGGUCCUGGCUUUUGCAGUCUACAGAAAGCAGCCCGGAAUUGUCAAGCUCUUCAUGGACUCGAAUUUUAACCCAGACUUUGCACCUCGAGUCAACGGUAUUCGGUGCCACCUGCUCAUUCUGGCCGCUCAUUCCCAGCCUAGGGCCUAUGCACAGCCACCAGGAGGCACUUUCGAGUCCCGACAGGUAGCCACAAUCAACCUGCUGAUUGAUAGUGGUGCCUGUGUAGAUGCGUUAAAUGGAAAGGGUCUUACGGCACUAUAUUAUGCGACGGUUCAGGAGGACAUGGUGGUUAUACCCGAGCUCCUAAGUCGUGGUGCCAGCCCUCUAGCUGGCAGCGAUAUGCUUAAAUCCCCGUUAUAUGCUGCUGUUCAAAAGAACAACAUGAAUAUUGUGAAAUUAUUGCUGAAAUCCUUGAGCUCACAGUCCACCACUUGCCAUGAGUUGGAACCUUUAUUAAAGGCUGUGGCGGAUCCUGAUAGCAAUCCACGAGACGUUAUAGACACUUCCUCGAGCCCAGGAGACUGGGACAAGUUCUUCAUCCUGAGGGAACUCAAAAACCAUUACUGGCGCCUGAGAUAUCCUGUUCCGGAGGCUUGA